GAAGAAAAACUACGGUAACAGUUCUUGCAGUUAUGUUGGAUAAUGACUCCGAGGGUUUUCUCGCCCGGCUUUUCAUUUUCUCCCAAGCCUCACGGCUUCCCAACGUUAUGCGAAUGAGGUAAGAACUUGAUUUCGGGCAUAACAUCGCUGAUCAUCACAUGCGAUGGCUGUUCCGGCAAAGAUAGCCUGCAAGUAACGUUAGCCAUGCGCGAGUUGCGCAAGGAGUUGGUUGAGGAGUCGUACGAGGAGCUGGGCACGGAGUUGUUGGACAAGGAGUUGGACUGCAAGCGAUGGAGGCCAAACCCCGGACACGGAAGAGGAGGAGGAAGGGAAGAGCAAAAGCAGGCACUGUUGUGACCUACUCGCGGAAGAAGCCUCAGCACCUCGUGGAGACUGACCUCUUCUCCUCAGCCACAACCGUGCGUUUCCCAAUGGAUUCCACGGAUGGGUCAUCUGGAACGAGUUGUGCUACAGCCAUGCCAAGUACUGUGGAGAUGUCCAGGUCAAAAGCAAGGAAGGUGAAGACCCCAAGGUCAAGACGGUCCGGAGCAGCAUUUGACAUGAACUCACCGCCGUCGGUUGAGAGGGGACGCGAUGCUUCUUGCAUUUCACAUCACCACGAGUCGUUCCUGACAGAAGACCUGCCGAAGCCACUCCGAUCCAUGACAGGCAUCAUCCAGGACUCCAGCCGGUCAUUGAGCAAGUCCUCUUUCAGGAAGAGAGAGAACCGGGCAGCAUCGACUUCACCAGGAUCUCGUGGCCGUCGAGCCUCCCCAGGCGCGCUGAGCACGCUGAGGAGCAUCCAGUCCAUGGAUCUGACUGAUCCUGCAGGCGCUACACCCUGCGUCAGAUCAGACAGUGCAUCUGAGGACUCGGACGACAGGACACCGUCGGUGCUGACCAAGUUCCAGGCAACUCCGAAAAGAAAAUCAUUGAUGAGAUCUUUGCCUUCGGUGACGUCAGCUAUAUUCAAUUCGGGCGACACCGAUUCAUCAUCAUCAUCACCACCAGUGGUUGAACAUCUGGAUAUCAGUGUACCGUCGCCUGCAGUUGAGCUGCAUGUCUAUAGCACCUCAGCAGCCAGGGAAGAGGACCAUUCGAUAUCACGGUCUGGCCUCACCUAUCUGCCAUCUCAGCACGAUCCUGGUAAAUCUCAUCAUCUCUCUCCGGCCACAACCGCAGACGCACCAAGCUUGCUUGCCGCACAGAACACAGCGCCAGUUCUCUGCAGCAGCUGUCAUGCUAGCUUUGUUUCAGAACAAUUGCUAUCGUCACAGAACAACGGUGGUUCAGAACAGCAGGAUGCGGCCGUAUUGCCAACGCAGUCUAUCCACUCCUCGUCUUUGCAGAACAAUGAUACCCCAAACCAACAGGAGGUGGCAGCAACGGAACACUUCAGUCAAGAGCCGCUGAUGUGCAGUACACGCAUUUCUUCCAGAAAUGCUCAGCAAAGGGCAUCACCACCACCGCAGCAGCACACAAGCCCAAAUAUUAGUAUAAUCAUGCAGAAUAACUAUGCCCCCGGCCAACAAGAGGAAGAAGCAAUGGGACACUUCAGUCUAGAGCCACUGAUGUGCAGCACGCGUAUUCCUUCCAGAAGUACUUCCCAAACAGCAUCAUCACCGAGCCAGCACACAAGCCCAAAUAGUACCCUCGCACAGAACAAAGGUACAUCAGUACAACAAGAGGCAGCAGCAAUGAAACACUUCGGUCGAGAGCCGCUGAUGUGCAGCACGCGUAUUCCUUCUAGAAGUACUUGCCAAACAGCAUCCUCACCGGGCCAGCACACAAGCCCAAAUAGUACCCUCGCACAGAACAAAGGUACAUCAGUACAACAAGAGGCAGCAGCAAUGAAACACUUCGGUCGAGAGCCGCUGAUGUGCAGCACGCGCAUUUCUUCCCGAAAUACUCGACGAAGAGCAUCACCAGAUGCAAGCAUCGGUGACUCCACAACACAGCAACUGCUGGUAGGAAGCUUCAGGCGCGAGCCUCUGAUGUGCAGCACACGCAUUGCCUCGCCAGCGACAUCAACGGGUGGACAUAUUAGUUCAAUCCACCACUGCGAGCCGUUCGAGCCAGCUGUGAGCAAAUACGACUCGCAGUCCCCACAGAGUUCACCAUCAAUGUCAAGUACACUGAAGAACACGGAAGCAAGUGGUGACUUGAGCGUUCCAGACAGUGAUAGCUGGCAGGAAGCACCAAGUUCGCCGAGUGAUGGAGAACGUGCUCUGCCGCCGCUUAGAAAGUGUGCUGUUCCGGAAGUGGACUACACGCCGUGCCCUAUGCUAGCACUGUUUGCCAAGAUGGAGCCAAUUUGCACGAUAGCCAAGAAACGGGCAAGCAACAAGCAGCCACUCGUCGAGAAGCACCCAACGGACUGGAUUCAGGCCGCGCCUAUGUCAGGCAAGUAACGUUAGGGGAACUGACAGAUGUUCUCUUGGUAGUAAACAAACUCACUGCGGUCUCAUUGAUCCGCAGCAGUAAGAGCAGGUAUGUCUUUACUAGUUUCCGGCCGAGUGCUAUUCUUUUCAUAAAUAUUUAUUCAAAUUCUAUUGUGUGGUGGUUGUACAUCUCACGGCCAGCUGAUAAUGUAGAAUUCAGCACACAGCGCACUCCAAAACAGAACCAACCCAUACGAAAACCUUAGUCUUACAAAAUCAUUUCAUUGCAGCCUUUCCGAGAAUAGAUCUGCAAGAACACGUUCAACAGUGCCGGGGCUUCUUUCUCCCCUUUUUUGAG